CCGCAGCGCUAGGGCUGAACGAAAACAAAAUGCAAUAAUUAAACUUUCCCGAUGAGCUGUGAUCAAUGACAGCUUCAUUAACGAGCCUCGGCAUAUUUCACCAACUGUUCAAGUAAAUGCCAUUACUCUGGAGCUGAUGGGAGAAGCAGCAAAGGAAAAAACAAACAUGCAGUUCUCUCCGACAAACGGAGAUUUUACCUUCGUCUCCUCUUCGGAAGCUGAGGACCUCAGCGGCACCAUCAGCACUCCGGAUGUGAAACUAAACAUGGACAGUGAUGGAGGUAAAGAUCCGUACGCCACCACCUUCCUGAGGCAACGAGGCUAUGGCUGGCUGCUGGAGGUGGAGGAAGAGGAGAACGAAGAAAGCAAACCUCUUCUGGAAGAGCUGGACAUUGACCUGAAGGACAUCUAUUAUAAGAUCCGAUGUGUGCUGAUGCCCAUGCCAUCUCUGGGUUACAACCGGCAGGUCGUACGAGACAACCCGGACUUCUGGGGCCCUCUGGCUGUAGUGCUCCUUUUCUCCAUGAUCUCCAUCUACGGGCAGUUCAGGGUUGUGUCUUGGAUCAUCACCAUCUGGAUCUUUGGAUCUCUAACGAUCUUCCUUUUGGCUCGUGUUCUCGGUGGGGAAGUUUCUUACGGCCAGGUGCUUGGAGUGAUAGGAUAUUCCCUUCUUCCGCUCAUAGUCAUCGCCCCUCUGCUCCUAGUGAUCGGAAGGCUGGAGGUCGUUUCUACACUGAUCAAACUGUUGGGCGUGUUCUGGGCUGCGUACAGCGCUGCUUCACUUCUCGUCGGAGAUGAAUUCAAAACAAAGAAGCCUCUUCUCAUAUACCCUGUUUUCCUUUUGUAUAUCUACUUCCUGUCGCUAUAUACUGGUGUGUAACUGGACUAGUUGGGCCUCAUCACAGACAUUGGCCUCGGUCGCACAAUAAUGAGUUUAUUUUAAAAAGGUGUCCAUUUCCUUUUUUAACGCUGUUCAUUUGAGGGAUGUGGGGAAAUAUAAAUAUUAUCACUGUAAAUACUUUUACUCCUGCUGUCUUUGGUUAAUAAAAUGCUAAUAAUUUUGCAGCUUGAAGCUCAAAAAUGUCUCGUUCAGCCGUGCACUUCUGUCCCUUCAUUUUCUCUGUGGUUUAUGGUCCUCUGCAGGGUUGUUGGUGUGAGAAUAAAUGAAACUGAAUGAUUUGA